AUGGAUCCGGACACGCCAGAAGCAGCCCCUGUAGCCACACCAUCGAUAUGGCGCUGGGUACUGGGCUUUCUCAUGGUUGGCGCAUGUUGGGGACUAACGACCCCAUUCAUGGCUCGCGCAUCAAGACUUCGCGACAACACUCCGAAGCCGGCACGACCUAUGUUGACUGACCCGAAUGUCUCGUGGCUGCUGAAGAGGAUUUGGGGCAUCAUAUACGCUGCCUACGACCUGCUCCGGAAUCCCAGCUAUGCCAUCCCUUUGCUCUUGAACGUCACCGGCAGCGUCUGGUUCUUUCUUCUGAUCGGGCAGGCAGGUGAGGACAAUUCCCACGCAGCUUGAUGUACCUCAAUGGAACUCGGUCUAAUUACAAAUCGCCAGAAUUGAGCCUCACGGUUCCAAUCACAAAUUCGCUGGCCUUUCUGUUCACCGUCCUCGGCGAAUGGUACGCCGAGGGCAAAGUUAUCUCGCGAGGUGGGACUAAUUGCGCUGGCUGCAGCAGAAACGCUUGCUGAUUGUGCGCAGAUACCUGGAUUGGCAUGGGUCUGGUGCUUGGGGGCAUUGCUCUCUGCGUGCACUCAAAGACAUCUUGA